UGUUAUUAUACCUAUUUACAAAAAAAAAAUUAAUGUUAUAAAAUACACCGAGUCAAUGUCCGAGCCGACUCACCGAACUCGGCGUGAUCGACCAAAAAAAGACACGCUUUUAUUCCAAUCUUUUCCUUGCCGUCACCAUGUAUUUACAGCUUUGCCAUCCAUUUUCUCUAGUCGCUAGUCUCUCUGUCAUCAUCAAUUCUCGAUGCGCCCCAUAUAAUACAUGCCUCUGAAGACCAGAAAGUACACCACAAUCCCCAGACAUUUUUCUGGGUGAUCUGCGUAGAAAUGGGUUUUAGUCAGAAAGAGAGAUGGAGGUGGUGAUGACUUUGAUGAUGUCUUAACGUGGAAUUUGCAGAGGAGAAAAUGGAGACAACCGGGAGAAACUUUUCUUGUACAGAAAGCUCUCUCUUUCCUUAUUUUUCUCUCUCAAGAUGGGCCCAGCAAGAUCAAUCCAUACCCAACUGUCACGUAUUCUAUGUCUCCUUCUACUUCUUCUCUCUGCCAACAACUUUGUAAAGCAUUCAACUUUGGCUUUGACACUCCUCUCUCUCUGGCUUCUUCCUUCACUUUACACAGUCUUCCAUGCCUGCCCGUAAGAAUUUUGGCCUUAAUAAAGUAAUGGGUCGGUUCUCGAUAAGCAUUUGCUAAUCUUUUUCGUUGUCAAAAGAUACCCACUUUGAGAAGGUCCGUCCUUUGUCGACAUCGUGUGUACAUGUUGUUGCAGUUUGUGAACUGUAAUUUGGGGGUUUUUUUUCCCCUCUGCCUUUCGAGUUCUUCUAAUUUUUUUGAAGUUUCUGUUUCUGAUUAAUUUGUUGAAAACGGAUUUGGUUCUUGGAUUUUGACAUUCGACAGUGAAGUGGAGGUAUUUUCUGUUUUUUCGUUGCUUUAUAAGAGAACGUUGUGGGAGAGAUUUCAUGUAUCUGAAUUUUCGCUCUGAUUUUGUGCCAUUGUCUGUCAAGCAAGCUUCAAUCAGACAAUAAGUAUCAGAAUUCAGCAUCCAAUUUGGUGUUUUUGGGGUGAAUUGAUGAGCUAUGACCCAAAUAUGGUCACUAAUUGUAGUUGAUCUUUAUGUUGAAGUGAAGAUCAAGUCCUCAUAGGCUCUUACAAUCGUGGGCGAUGAAUUUGAGGUGGUUGUGUCAGGAUUAUGAAAGCUAAGGGAAGCCUUUGAUACCUUGCCAUCCCAAGAAAGCUGUAUCCAAUUCCAAGCUGUUGAGAAAAAUUAGGUGUUUGUUGACUUACCUUUCAUGGUUGGAAGCUCCGACUCAAUUACUGCUCCGUCCCAGAAUUCGAGGGGUGCAACAGGUUCAAUUCCUUGACACAACUGCUCUACAUAUUAUGUGGGGAUUUCCUGUGGGCACACUGGUGAAUAUCUGGAUAAAGCAAAUUGAGUAAUCAUCCAUUUAUUAUGGGAAAGCGAUCGCAUAAGCGCCCAGUUCGAUAUGAAAAGGACCCAUCAGGAUGUAUGUGGGGUUUGAUUAGUAUAUUCGAUUUCCGUCAUGGUCGAACAACUCAGAAGUUACUUUCAGAUAGGAGACGUGGUGGCAGGCAUGCCUCUGGUGCUGCAAAUUCAAGAAAUAAGCGUGACAAGUUGAUUCAUCUCAAUGAAAACUGUCAAGAAGCCCCCGAUGGUGAAGAGAGUACAAAGCUAGUGGCUGACGCUAAUAAACCUAGUGUGAAGGAGCUUAUAGAAGAAGAAAUGUUCAGUGAUCAAGACACGACAAAAGAGACUAGUAACGUAUUAGAACACAAAAACCCUGAUUCAGAAAAUGGCAGCCAAAAAAAGAGGAACCACAAAAAAACAAACAGAAGUCGCAGUAGAAGUUGUGAUAUAGAUAUUGAUGAUAUAGAUUCUGCUAAAAACUUGGAUGCUGAGCACAGUUGUCGUGAGAAGUUGGAGAAAGAAAUCGUAACUGAUACUGAUAUGGAAAAAUUAAUGAAUAAGUUGUGCCUGCAGAUCAAAGUACCGAGUUCUCUGAAGCAUGAGCAGCAUGGUGAAGUUAAUUUUCAGCCAGAGCAAAAGAUUCUGGACCUGAAAGAAAAAAUGGAGAAGGUUAUCAAGUUGUUUAUAACUCAAAAGAUCAUUAGUGUGAAACAUAUUGCAGAAGAUGGGGAUGUCCACCUCCCUGAGAAUCUUAUUAAUGUACUUCAGAUAUUAUGUGAGGAUGAUGAAUUGUUUCUAAAACUUGUGCAAGAUCCAUCAUCAAUUUUGAAUGGUCAGUGCAUGCAGAAUGCUUCUGUAGAGAAAGGAGAAGACUCAAAGUCACAUGUAGGACCUGAAGUGUCAGACCACGAGCCCAGAAUCUUGAGAGAGUCCGAUGAGCUUGUCAAGCGUAAACAGCAUAAAUUUUUCAGGAGAAAGGUCAAGUCUAUGGAAAGGCCCCAAUCAAAGGGAAGUAAGACUUCUCCCCAAGAUUCAAAUACAAUCAUUAUAUUGAAGCCAGGCUUGCAAAAUUCAGAAACUGAAAGCAGUAAUGGUUCAUCACCAGAUUCUCAUUCCAUUGUUAGAAAGAAAGGUCCAAGUGAAAGAAUUGGUUCCCAUUUUUUUAUCACUGAAAUUAAAAGAAAGUUGAAACAUGCUAUGGGAAAGGAGAGGCCCGAAAUCUACACUGAUGAUGUUCUAAGAACUUCAUAUGAGAGUCAUCAUUUGGGCACUAAUGGCAAAGGAACCAAGGAAAAUGUUGGAAUGAAUUCACCAAGCAAAGACCAUUUCUUUAUUGAAAGAAUUGCUAGACCUCCCACAGGCGUCAAGAAAGGAGACAAGAUUAACAAGAUGAAACACUGUGAAAGGGCUGUGGAAAAUGAAGCUGCUAGUUUUCCCAAGAAAAGAGUGUUUAACAUCUAUGUUGAGGCCAAGAAACAUCUUUCUGAGAUGUUAAAUAAUGGCGAUGAGGAUGUUGUCUCUUCUAGCAGACUAGUUCCCAAAACCCUUGGUAGGAUUCUCUCCCUUCCUGAGUACAACACUUCUCCUUUUGGUAGCCCUGGGCGAGACUGGGGGCAUGGGUUCGUGACUGCACAAAUGAGAUUGUCCAAGUCUGAAAAAUGUCAAAAGCAUGAGAAUAGUUUCAGCAAUAUGGGCAUGUUGACUCAAAACUUAGAAACUCAAUCAAGCAUCUCCAAUGUCAAUGCUGAUAAAGAAGUACAACAUCCUAAACCAAAUGCGGAAAACUUGAGCGAGGUUGUUAUUGAUGAUGAAGCCAAGAAAACCAUUUCGUCUGUUGUGGACAAAAUGACUUGUAAAGGUGAUGAGAUUUCUAAAUCACCAGAUACUGUUACCAAGGAAGAAAUGAUUUCUUUGGGUACUCAUCCUGAACCGAGCAUCUCUACUGUCUUUACUAGAGACGACCAAGAUGAUGAUAUAUGCGAAGCAUGUGAUGAACAAAAUAAUUCAGAAUGCUUGAGCCAGGAGGCACGUGAAGGGAAUGAACAAUCGUUUUCUCCAUCAGCGUCUCCAUCCAAUGCUAUAAGCAAGUCAGUUCCAGAGACUAAUGUGUAUACACCAGAGCGACCAAGCCCAGUAUCUAUUCUUUUGCCGCUGGUCUCAGAGGAUGAUAUCAGCCCCGCAAGCACAAAGUCUGAAUCUGCAGAACUGCCAGUGCAACCACUACAAAUCCAAUUCGAAGAGUGUGACUCUUCAACUGCAGAAAGCAUCCAUAUGAAAACUUACAUGGAUGACAAAGAACAAAUUGUUGAGUACAUAAAAGUGGUGCUGCAGGCGUCUGACUUGAAGUGCGAUGAAAUAUAUUUAAUGUCCAGUUCUUCAGAGGAGCUUCUUGAUCCAUUAUUGUUUCAAGAGCUGGGCCUGGAAUUCUUUUCCGAUGAGCUUUGUUGCAACAAGAAGCUGCUCUUUGAUUGCAUUAAUGAAGUUCUCGUGGACUUGUAUCAGCCCUACUUUGGUUGCUCCCCUUGGUCAUCAUUUGUGAAACCGAGUAUUAGGCCUAUCCAUGACAUGAAAAAUGCUACUCUCGAGGUUUGGGAAGGAGUUAAUUGGCAUCUAACCCCAUUGCCACUUCCUCACACUUUGGAUCAGAUGGUCAAAAAAGACCUGGCUAAGACUGGAACAUGGAUGGAUCUUCGACUUGAUACUGAAAGUAUCAUUUUUGAGAUGGGUGAAGUUAUUUUUGAAGAAUUGAUGGGAGACACCGUGCUAAGCUGUAUAAAUGGAAGUUCAGAAACUGGUGAACUGUUGAUUCUGGAUGAGAUGAAGGAAAACCAAAAUGUCAUCGUUCCUUGAAAGACGAACAAAUUAUCUAUCUGUGUACAAAUAAUUGACCUGCCUUGAGUCUGGGUGAGAGGAGGAAAUAAGCAAGUAAUAUCUUGUGCAUGUGAAGGAUAGAAGUACUUGCAUCUCACAAAGACAAGAGGGACCUCGUCUAACCUUCUCAAACUGUCCUGUUCACACUUGAUAUCGCUUUUGCUUACUUGCCACUGAAAUCAGGCAGACGAUACGUUCCGUCAUUAGCUAUUGCUUGGAAAAUCUCCUUUUGCAGGAAUGAUAGGCAGAGAUUGCAACACUGCUUGUACAAGUUAUUUCCUACUGAUACAGAAAAAGAAAGAUACUGUGCAGCUUUUGAUGACGAUGAGAACCAGAGGAUGACAACAUGGUCGUUCUUACUUCUUACCAUUGUAGAAUAUGUAGAGUUUGGUGUGUUCAUUGAGGCUUUCUGGGUUUUUGUUACUACUUACUCAUUUCUUCUGUUGACCUUUCUGGGCUUUUGCUGCUGUAUUUACAAAAAUUUGUUCUGAAUGGUGACUACCUCAUCAGAGAGAAUAGGUACUUUACAUGACUGUGUAAUAGUAAUACCUUACAAGCAGCAGUUGUGGUCUGAGCUAAUAAAAGUCAAAUGGAGGAACAUAUGGAUUCCUUUUCUCUGAGCCAACAUA